AUGGAAGAACUUAUAGUUUGUGGAGUUUGCCUUGAAAGAUUUGAUAUGUCUAAUAAAGCCCCACUGAUGCUGCUAUGUGGGCAUACAUUUUGCAAGACUUGUCUUACGAUGAUGAAUAAGAAUGGGCUUGGAAUUUUAUGUCCAAAUGAUAAAUGGCUCUGAGAAAAUUAUUUUAAAUUAUUAUAAUAUUAAUUGAAAUAUAAAAAGCUUUUUUAAAUGAUAGAACAAAAGACUUGCGAUCCCUAAAUAGUUUGCCCAAAAACUUCUCGUUAAUAUCUAUCAUUGAAGAGCUAGAUAAUCGAAAAACUAAAAGCUUAAAAGUAGUGAUUCCAGCCAAAAGAGAAAACUUAAACAAAGCUAACACAGAAAUUGAAGGAUUAAAAGGACUUAAAAAAGUCCUCACUGAAGAACAAGAAAGAAGCCUAAAAGAGCUUAAAGCUGGAUUUAAAAAAGUAAGAGAAGUUGUUGAUAAAAAAGAAGUAGAACUCAGCAAUUUAAUAACACAAACUCAUGGAAAUUUAGACCAAAAAAUAUCAAAAUUAGAAACAAGCUUACAAAAUUAUAUAAAAAAUGAGGAAACGGAAUUAAAAAAACUUGAAGAAAUUAAAGCCAAAAGUGGAGAAGACUUUGAAUUAGAUUCUUCUAAAUCAAAAAUAAUUGACCCUCCUUUAGCAGAAUGUGAAGAAGUUAAGGAAAUGAUAAGCAAGCUUCCAGUAAAGGUACUUUUAGCACCAAGUAAUAUUGAAAAUGCUAUAAAUAAGUCUGCAAGAAUUUUAGAUGAAACAUUGGCUAGGGUAUCCCCACUAUCUUUCCCUAUUUAAUAGUAAAUAAAUCUUCAGGUUUUUUUUUUAAAAAUAUAAUUUAUUAGAAAAAUUUUAAUUGUUUCUGUCAAGUGGAUGGAGGAGUAAGUGCUGUUUUUGUAAGAGAUGUAAGAGUAAUGGAUGGAGAUAGAUUUGUAGCUGGAGCUUCAUUUGUAAAAACUUGGAGACUAAGAAAUGACGGAGAAGAAGCUUGAAACGAAGGAUGCUGAUGCAUGUUCUCUCAUGGAGAUUUUUCUGGAGAAGCUGUAGUUGUUGACUCUGCUUGGGCUGGAGAAGAAGUAGAUGUUUCAGUAAUUUGCGUUGCUCCGAGAAUAAUUAAAUAUGGAGUUUGAAGUUUCUGGUUUUCUGGCCAAGAAAAAUUCAUUUUCAUAUUUUGAUUAUAAUGUAAGCUAUAAAACGAAUUUACCUGACAAUAAUGACGUUUAAAAGCUUAACGAUGUGUAGCAAUGGUCAGCCAUCUUAAGGGAAUUGAAAUUUAAAAGUGUGCCACCAACUUCAUACUAUGGAGAUUGACCUUAGUGCCAGAAGCACUCACGAGAGCUGAAAAAUGACCGUUUUAGGAUCUGAAAAUUAGUGGAGAAAUCGCAUUGGGCAAUCAAGAUCAGGCCGAAUCCGAGGCUUGAUGUGCCCUGUAGUUACUUUUAUCGGCAAAAAAUACUGACAAUCGGCAUAGCAAAUAGAUAAUAAAUUUAAUUAUUAUAAAUAAAAUAAGUGCUGCUCCGAGUAAUCCAGGAAGAUUCAGGAGCUAUUGAAAAUUAGUUGACUGUGAUGGAUUAGUUUUUGGGCCUGUUCUAUGGACAGAAAUUGUUGUAUUUUCUGUAUCUUAA